AUGCCGACAGAAGAAGACAAUCUACCAUCAACAACUUGGACUCCUAAAUAUGAAGGAAUCGCAUUAGAAAAUUCCGGUCAAUUUAUAGCUUGCACUAGCAAUACUCACGUUGAUCAUGGGUACAUUAUUUAUAGUGCGAUUUAUACCAAAUCCUUCGAUGAAGUGGAUCAAAAUUUAGCGGAAACUCGUUACCAGGUUUGGGACAUAGAUAAUACUUAUAGCUAUAUUACUUUGGGAUCUGAUCGAAGAGCAGUCUUUGGCCUUGAGCGCAAAGGAAAAGAUGAUUUUAAUAUUAUCUUUACAGAAUUACCUCCAUUUCUAAGUAAAGACGCUUUAGAAAAAGAAAUUAAAAAAAUUAAUAUGAAUAUUAUUUGCUUAUUCCAGCUAUAUACGCCAAGCCCGAAUUCUGAUUUUACUAAAGUUUGCUUAUUAGUGAAUGGUUCUACAGUUGGCGAUACAUCACAGCAUACAUCUCGAAAUUCGGUAUAUUUCGAUCAGAACGCAACUGCUCAUUUAUCAGAUUUUGUUGUUAGUCAAAUUGCAACUCAAUGCGUAUUGAAUUUAGCUGCAGUUUAA